UGGAGGAGCCUGUUUUAUGGAAGAAUCUGUUCCAGAACCAGGAAGAAUAUACUAGUUUUGCAAUUUUUAUACCCUCCACCAUACAUAGCAUAGAGGGUAUAUUAAGUUCGUCAUUCCGUUUGUAACUCAUCGAAAUAAUAAUUUUAAACAUAACAAAGUAUAUAUAUUCAGGUCAAGUUCGAAGAUGGGCUAUAUCGGUCCACGAUAUCGUAUGGCCCCCAUAUAACUGAGGGUAUGCAGCUGUCGGCAAAAUCGACUGAUUCUAGAGGUUCGAUUUUUGCCGAAGGCUCCACAUCCCCACGGACAUCUAUACCAAAUGCCUUCUACGAGUCUCGCCGCACCACAAUCUACUCGCAGGGUAUUGUAAUACCUACCCGCGAUUCAACAUUGGACGAGAGUCCACCCAUCACCGUUAAGGUUUGUCAACAAACCAAUGAGUCGGCCGUUCACUUCAAGGAAUUGACCAUCGAACGUGACAAGCUACCCAAUUACGAAUACAACAUUGAAUUGGCCCAGAGAUGGCUUACGCUGGAGGGUAAAAAUGGCCGCAUACAUAAAUUCCCCUUGAAAACCAUACUACCCAAGGUCCAGAUGACAAGGCGAGUGCCGGCCAAACAGUUACCCCGUGAUGUGGAGGUGGAUCGUAGGCGAAGGCUUUUCAAUAAAGUCGAUUUGUGUCAAGAGCUGGCCAAGGCGGGUCUGAGUGUGGAGGAAUUAUUACCCUCCGAGGAGGACUAUUUUGGCAUGUCCGAGAAAACUUUUAAACAUUUUCUACCCUUGAGUUUUUUCGAUGAUCCCGGCAUGGAAAGUCAUACCCCAGAGAUUUGGUUGUCUCUGGGAGUGGUGGAGGGUGAUCAAAGAUAUCCGCUGCCAGCCAAGGCUUUCCUACCCCUGCAACAAAGUUUGCGCCACUAUGAAUGGCAAGAUGCAGCAGUGAGUGAUUAUGAUUUUGAACGAGGCAAAUGGAAGGUUAUGAUAUUGUCGGAUGAAUGCUGUUACGAGGUGCCGGGUAUACAAAUUAUGUUUUUGGCCGAAAAUCCUUUUUUGUUUGUGGAACGCCUGCGCUCGGCUGUGGAGCAACGCAAUAUGGCCGAGUCGCAAAUAAUGAUGGAGACAAUUGCAGAUUGUGUGCUCAGACAGAAUAUGGAGGAAAGACAUUAUUAUGGCAACAAACUUCUUGAGCGUCUUAUGGCAAAUGUCAAUACGGAUGAGGUAUUUUAUCAGCAAUUGUGGCAUGAGAUCUACUUGCUGUUCGAACACUUAAUGGCCUGUUAUGAUUUGCAGAGAUUUGUACAAAUCUCGCCCAAACAAUUUCCCAUGUUGCGGCCGGAUAUAAUAGCUCGGUUUCUGCCCAAGGCCUUUGUAUCGCUGCAAAGUGAAAAAGAGAGGGAAAUAAUUAAAGGAUUCAAAAUCGACAUACCAAAGAGAGGCUAUGAAGUCCUAAACUCCUCGCUUUAUUACACCGGUGGAGGCAUAGAGGCCAUGAGUAAUGUGGCCGCCGAAUGUUUGUACAUUGAAACCUUGAACCUCUUCAUUUGUAAUUUUGCCAAAGCCCUACCCUUGGCGGAUUUCCUAGGCAUUCAACAACAACAAAGUACCCAGGUGUCGGGUUAUUUAAAAAAUUCCUGGCCCAGUAAAUUGGCCGCCGGCAUAAUUAUGGUCUUGCGGCCACUGGGCAAAGGAUGGCUGGAUAUAGGCUUGGAUAAAUGGCGUAUCUAUGAAAUGUGUAAAAUAUUUCGUUUCAUUUUACAAACCAAAUUCCGCAUGCAAGAAUCUAUGCAGGUACUUUUGGAGAAUUCCAUUGAAACUUUUACGCAUUUCCUCAGUGAUCCUUGUUUGGGCUUCCUCGACUUGGACGAGUCUUAUGAGUGGACAAGUGAUUUUAUAAAUUCUGAAUUUCCCUAUGCCAAGCCCAUAUUCUCGCUAGUCAUAAGUGUAACGGAAGAUACCCGGGAGGUCAUCUAUUCCACAAGUCCCGAGGAAUUUCCACCUGCCCUCAAGGAAGUUUUCAAAAAAAGUUUGGAGAAAACCAGCGGUGUGCGCUGCAUUGAUGCCGAAACGCUGCAAAAUUUGCGAUUUGCCCCAAAUCUCUUCAUACUCACCGUGGAACUCAUCGAAGAUCUCUAUGUGCGCUGUAAUGAUUUACUCCAGCGUUGUUAUUUAAAGGCCAUUGGGCCUCUGCACUCCUAUGCUCGGAAAUAUGAACGUUUUGUGGAAUUCUAUUUGCUACACGUACCCACCUACAUGGCCGAAUAUCGGGCAGCCCAGAAAACCUCAAUGCAAGUGAAGGCGGAUAUUUUGGAACACAAACGCUGCAAAGAGGAAAUGCGUGAAAUUCUCCCCGCAUCCAUAAGCAUUGGACCCUUCCAGGUCAUAGUCGAUCCCAUGAAGCAGUAUAUGAUACGAAAACGUAUUGAAAUUGUCAAGCGUAUUUUCGAAUACUACAUUGAUCGAAUGUAUGACAGCAAUGAACGUCUGCUGGAACGUUGCCUGGAAAUCUACAAUCGUAUCAAUGAAAAACCACAGAGCAUAGAACAUCUCUUUGACAUACGCAACUUUGCCCUGACCAUACCGGAAUUGGUGGAGCAGCUGAGGGCAGAUAUACAAAUAAUGUGGCUAGAAUAUGAUAUGUUGGAUAGUUUUUUCUAUAAUCUACCCGAUCAUCAAUUUGCCAUGAAAUGGGAGGCAUAUGCAUGGCCUAAACAGAUUCUGGAUCGUCUAAGUACACUGAAGGAGGAACAGAAACUGGAUAUUGAAGAAUUUAAGCGAUUGCAUUUGAGUGAAUGCAUUGGUUUCGAGGAACGUCUGGAAUCGCUGAAUGAUGAGAUACAGCAGUUUUCUUUGCAAUUCAAUCCGAAAAAGGUCAUGGAGACGGCCGUGGAGGUCAAAAAGACCUGGAAAGUGAUACAAGACCUUCAAAAACUCGGCGAAACUUUACGCUAUCGUCAGGAACUUUUCGAAUUGGAAGAAUUUUCACUGGAAUUUUUGGCAAGCAUUAUCGAGGGAUUCUUACCAUACAAAAACCUCUGGUAUGCCUGUCAAGAUCUGGUCAAAUUGGAAGAAGCCACCGUGGGCAAUCCCAUAGUCAAUAUCGAACUGGCCGAUGUAUGGCAAGCUAUGGAAGUAAUUAAGAAUUCCCUCAACGAGGCAUUAGAGAUUUUCAAUGAAAAACCUGAAAUUCAAAAUGUUGCCAAUUAUUUUCUACAAGUUCUGGAUGAAUUCAUACCAAAAUAUAAUGCCAUACAGGAUUUGAAAAAUGAAAAUUGGCUGUACUUGCAUUGGCAAGAGCUAGGCCAGCGUUCCGGUAUGGAUAUUAAAUAUUCGGCCGCCAUGAAUUUUCAAUACUGUAUGCGUAAGGGUAUGAUGGAUCAUUUGGAAUUGGUGCAUGAAAUAUCGGAAAAGGCCACCAAUGAGGCUGAUGCCAUACGUCAGGCAUGGGAGGAGGAAGAGCGACGCAAGGAGGAGGAACGACAGGCUAUAUUGAUGCGUAAGGCGAUGCGGAAGUGUCGAAGGGAUAUUGUGUAGAUGACUUUAUAUAUUCAUCUUUUGUUAAAAUAAUAUAUAAAUAAAUAAUUGAAAACCUAAAAACAAA